AGAUAAAACCGCAAGAAACCCUUACCGAACAUCACAAACCAAAAAGUAUAAAUUUCCACAGUGAUGGUGAUAGCGAAGAAAGAGACUGAUUCUUCUCUUAGCUUUCGGAAAUACGGUUCUCCUUUGUACUCAGCCGGUUGGCGUAGAUCCAAAAAUCGAGAUCGAUCCAGCGAUAAUGAUGAAGUUUCCAACUCGACUCAGUACGACGUCGUUUUGGCCGGCGGUGGCGGCGAGGGUCGGAGCGGUAUCCCCAACGCCAUCCUUAUUUCCGCCUUCUAUUCCGACGCUAAUUCCCUCUCCGAUCAGCCCGUGUUUAGGCUUUUAACUGGCUCUGAUUUGCCGUAUAGAAUGGCGGUUCAUCCGAAUGGAGACGGAGUCUUUUGUUCAUUCCCCAAUAGUUGCAGAUGGUAUGAAAUGGUUGAAGAAAAGAGUGAGGAUGGGGAACAUUAUAAAUUAAUUUUAAAGGAGUCUGAUAAAGUGCAGCACCGGUUGGAAGAUGUUGGACAGCAAUUAUCAUUAGCGUUUAACAAUGAGGGUUCUGCACUUGCUGCUGGUAGCGAGGAUGGAAAUUUAAGGGUCUUCGAGUGGCCUAGCAUGGUUAUUAUUCUUGAUAAGGCCGGUGCUCAUAAAUCUGUGAAGGAUCUAGAUUUCAGCCCUGACGGGAAGUACCUUGUCUCCUUAGGAAACAGUGGCCCUGCUAAGGUUUGGGAUCUGACUUCCAAAUCAGCCAUAGCUUCUCUUCUAAAUGGAAAUGAUGAAGUUUUCUGCUUUUGUAGAUUCUCUGUGAGUAAUGAUAUGAAUCAGGUUGUAUAUAUUGCUGCAGUGACAGGUAAAGGUGGAAGCAUUGUAACAUGGGAUACAGAAACAUGGAAGAGGAUAGGAUCAAAGACUGUAGUACAUGACACAAUUUCGGCCUUCAAUGUUUCACCAGAUGGAAAGCUACUUGCUUGUGGGACAACUCAAGGAGACGUUUAUAUUUUAAAUUCAGCCAGUAAACAGGUUCAGACAGUUGUUAGGAAAGCACACCUUGGCUUUGUAACUGCACUUGCAUUCUCGCAUGACUCAAGGGCUUUGGCAUCUGUAUCCCUGGACUCAAGUGCAAGGGUGACACUAAUUGAGGAAAAUAAGAAAACUGGGGCAUUGAGCUUGUGGGCCAUCUUGUUAGUCAUUUUACUUGCCAUUGUUGUGUAUUACUAUUUUAUGAAGAAUCAAGUCAAGAUGGCAAAAUCCAACCUGAUACGACAUGAAGUUAGCAAGUUAUGGGUUGAGAUUUAACGAGUUUGUCUCGUAUUCGGAUCGACAUGAAUGACCUAUUUCAUAAACUUUUUGUGUUUGUGUCCAAUGGAAUUCGUUUAACUAAGUAUAUGUUUGGAUUCAGCAUCCACAUUUAUGUUUUGUACCUUUUUUUUUUUUUUACUAGCGCUUCUUGCAUUGUUCAUGUCUGUGCAUUAAGGCAAAUAAACAGUGUUUUGUGAGUUUGAACAGUAGCUGAAAAUUAUUUUUUUUA